AUGAGACCUCCAAGAGGCGGUGGAUUCAGGGGACGGAGUGAUGGCGGCGGCGGUAGGGGCCGAGGAAGAGGAGGUGGAGGUAGAGGAGAAGGAAGAGGAGGAAGCAGGGGCCGUGGCUUCGGUGGUGGGCGAGGAGCCGGCCGAGGAGGUAUGAGGGGGAGAGGAGGCCGUGGAGGGAUGAAGGGCGGAAGUAAGGUCGUGGUGCAGCCCCACCGACAUGAUGGUGUUUUCGUUGCAAAGGGAAAAGAAGACGCCCUCUGCACAAAGAAUAUGGUUUCCGGUGAAUCCGUGUACGGCGAGAAGCGUAUUUCUGUUCAGAAUGAGGAUGGAACCAAGGUGGAAUAUAGGGUGUGGAAUCCAUUUAGGUCAAAGCUGGCAGCAGCGAUUCUUGGUGGUGUUGAUAAUAUUUGGAUUGCUCCUGGCUCUCGGGUACUUUACCUUGGGGCUGCAUCAGGGACUACAGUAUCACAUGUUUCUGAUAUUGUUGGGCCGACUGGAAUGGUCUAUGCUGUUGAAUUUUCAAAUAGGAGUGGUAGGGACCUAGUAAACAUGGCAAAGAAGCGCACCAAUGUUAUUCCAAUAAUUGAGGAUGCAAGACAUCCUACUAAAUAUCGCAUGUUAGUUGGAAUGGUGGAUGUUAUUUUCUCUGAUGUUGCUCAGCCGGAUCAGGCAAGAAUUUUAGGUUUGAAUGCUUCAUUUUUUCUCAAAAAUGGUGGCCAUUUUGUCAUCUCAAUCAAGGCGAACUGUAUUGACUCCACAGUGCCUGCUGAGGCAGUGUUCGCCCAGGAAGUAAAGAAACUGCAGGCUGAUCAAUUCAAGCCCUUUGAACAGGUUACUCUUGAACCUUUUGAACGUGACCAUGCCUGCGUUGUUGGUGCUUACAGAGUGCCAAAGAAGAAGAAGCUAGACUCUUAAAAUUUUUUGAUGUGGCUUGAAUGUUUUACCCUUGAUUUUUCUCUUGAGUGUUGUACUUUCUUAUUAGAACUCUUGAUACCCAUUAUGGCUUAACUUAUUCUAGUUAUAAUUUGCAAAAUAAUUAGAAGCCUUUUUAGCUUAUUAUAUCCCACAUGAAUGUGUGGUGGCAGUCAUGAGCUUAUAUAUUGGUAAGGUAGCAUGCAAGGAGUGAUUGUGGCCAUAAUAUAUGGAGACUAAUUACAUAUGUUGAUUUAUUCCCUCAAAUGUUAUGUAGUAGCUUAACAAUCCUCAUGAAAUAUCAAUUGAGCUAAUUAUUCA